CUUUCAAGAGGCAACUGUACUGGAAGUCGUUCAGCAUUCGUUCUCUAUUGCCACAGAGCACUUUGAGCAGGUCUCUAUUUACUUAGUACUUCCCCUUUUCUUCUUCUUCCUAUCUCAGAGCAGCAAAGCUCAUUUCAAAUUUCUCGUCAUCAGCAUAACAUCUUUAUCCUUCCUUCGUUUCAUCACAAGCCUUGCUCAUCCUACGCACACUUGUGAAUACCGAAUCCAUUUUCACAACCGAUCGAAAACAAUCACAAUGACAAGUAACAAGACGAAAUACGAGAUUGAGUUGCAGCGGGCAUUUGACUCUCAGAUCCGAGAGAUCGAGGAGCGCAUUAGACUUCAAGGCUACGGAACUCUCGACUGGGGCGACAUCGAUUACGAUAAGCUCCCCAAACGCCCCUGGGAGGUUGAAGUGGAUGUCAAGACGGAGGAGCAGCUCAUCAAGGAGAGAGUUGAGCAGGAGUUGACUGGUUGGCCAUGGAAUGAUUGUCCCCAGAAGCUCCUUCUGCUUGGACCUUAUGCUCUGAACUACGCCGCCGAUGGAGGACAGAACAUUGAACCAAGAUUCAAGUUGGCACAAGUCGCUCAACACUCCCCGCUCUUCACAAAACUUUUCUCAAAUGACGUUAUCUCACGCAAGCUCCUUCAGUUGAUAUUCGAGAAGCAUACUACAGCUUGGAAAUUCUGGUCAACUUGUCAAGAGAUGACUCAGAUCUACGAUAGCUAUCUGCAUCUUUGGGAUAUGACUGGAACACUCGAAGAUGGCGGUUACUUUCACAACUGUGAGAAGCCUCGUCAUGGACCUGGUGCACCAACCGACCCAUGGGACCAAGGUACAGUCUCUCCCGUCAUAGUCAUCGCUCCAUUCAGAAGACCUAGCGGCCCACCUUCAUACUAUGAGCAAGUCCGAAACAUCUACACUAUGAGCAUCAGCAUGUCCAACUUCGCCGAAAACAUGCAAAACCUCCAACUACACCGUAUCAGCUUCCUCACGCCUCAACUUCUAAAUCUUCUCAUUCCUAAGAUGACACAACUCAGAGUCCUCGGCAUCUACCAAUGCCAAUUGAUGCAUGUCGCUGAGAUCAUCCGCCUCCUGGAAAUCAUCAAGACCGACCGUCCUCUGGGCCGGGAGAACCAAAUCUCUCUGGACUUCUACCCAAUGUGGCACCAAGGUCCUGAGCCGUACAUCAAUGGCAAGGAAUGGAACCCGGCCUUCACUGGUACAUAUGGAGCUACUUGGGACAACACAGAUAUGAACACCCCUCUUGCUGUCUGGUCAAUCGUGCUGCGUGCCUUGCCCAUGGCUCGCACUCAAAAUGUUGACAUCGUUAGCAAGGAGAGUGCUUUCAGACAAUGGCUUGACAAAGGUUUACUAUGGAAAGUCGAGGAAACCUUACAGGCUCUGCAAAACCCAAACACUGAUCCAAGAGUCAUAUGUGCUCUGGUAGAUAGUCGUAAUCCGGAUCAUCACGGUAAUGUGCGUCGCUGGGCUUCAGAUAAUAUUGGCUGUCGUCCUGAAGGUUGGAAGCCAUAUACCUUGAAGUAUCCUUGCAACUACUGCAAGCAGCAAGUCCUAGGUAUCUUCUUCAAGUUCCACGACAUCUUCGAGCUCCAGAGCUUUCAUGGCAACAGCGCCCGCCAGGCAAACUUGACAUGUCUCGGCUGCAAGCUCAAGAUUGCCUGCCAACAUGAGAAGGACCACUAUAAGCCGUCGAAGCGUAGACUCAUGAAGGCUUGGUUGCAAGAUGGUGACGAUGGUUGGAAUACUGCGGACCUAAGCAAGGCUCUUAGUGAUUUCCACACCCGACGAAUCAUCCUCAAAGCCGACGCCCUCGAUGAAAAGCGCAUGCAUGCCAUGAACCGCACCGACCCCAACAAGAACUACGACGCCGAGUAUGGUUGUCGACAAGAGCCCGUUCCCUGGGAGGCAUAUGGCAAGCAUGGUUCUCAGAAGCGCAGUCCGACUGCCGAUAUUCCCGAGGAAAAGGAGUCUAGUCAGUGGAGUCGCCAUAAUAUGGACAACCGGAACGCGCAUUUCCGCUGUUAAGUUGAGCAAACUUGAUGUCUGUCGGCGUUGGGAAAUGCUUCGGAGCAACUUUCUCAAUGUCUGCAGCCUGCAGCCUGCAAAUUUCUUCAUUUUGACGACAUUCUGUUCUCCGCACCCUCGAUCGAACUUAGACACAUGCAGUGGCACAACGUCUCACAUCUGCAUCUUUCGUCACAUCUUCAGUGGCACACAAACGGAUGUCCCUCCAUGCAUAUUUCACGACGACAGCGAAUUUUCUUUCACAUCAAAUCAAACCAAAAGAAUGUACUUUUAUUUCCAACAACCUUCGCAUUUCAUCAAUUAAAAGACUACGGCGCAAUCUCAAGCCCAAAUUUCAGAUACCAGGCACUGAACCAACCGACUUCUCUCUCUUCUCAACAUCAUGGGCUUAAUUGCUUGGAUGUCAUCAACAACAACAGAACACGAGAACCAUGAUUGUUUAUCCUGACCUGGAUUAAUGCCAGAAUCAGGACAAAGGAAGUCUGAGACCUACAUUUGGAUCAAGAACCGGUUACCACUUUGCACAUCACACAUUUCCAUUACUCAUCAUCUCCAUUUUCCUUCAAAGCAAAGCAAAGCAGUCUCAAAAAGCAGACCAAAGAUCGAAGGCGCAAGCAUUAGAAAAAAGAAAAGAAAAGAAAAGCAUAUCCUACUUCUCGCAAACAGAUCAUAACACAAAGUAGCAUUAUUCAUGGGCUUCAGUGCUUGGAUAACUGAAUGAAUGGAUGAAUGAAUGAAUGAGUGAGUGAGUGAGAGGAAUGACGGAUAAAUGGCUAGGUAGAUGGGUGCGCGGGUGGAAUGCUUGCUUGCUUGGAUCAAUUGAUCGCGAUGGGUGGGAUGUUAGACGAUUCUCACCUACAGACAGACAAACUUACUCAGAAUACAUGCGGCGUUCUUCUUUAGAUGGUUUGAAUUCAAUAAGGGAUGAGACGUAUGAGUAUGUGUGUGUGGUGAAAUGCGUAGCGAAUAUUGUGUUGUGCAGUCCAGCGUCAUCCAAAGAGAUAGAGGGAUUCCAUAUCGCUUGAGCGUGAUAUUUAGUACUCAAGUACUUUUUGUACUUCAAGUUGUGCGUUCCUAUGUCCUU